UGUGCAUGUGGCGUUGUUGGCCGCACCGCUCAACCUAUCAGGCGCGAGUGUCGUCAUCCGCAUUGCCCCAUUCGGCUACAAGAAGUGCAAGAAGCCCGAACGAGGCUUGGGGCUGAAGUUCCAUAUGCCUAGAAUGAGCAUCAAGUGUCGCCCGGCUUGGGUGGAUGUAAGACUGCCCCGAAUCGUUGUGUAAUAUUCCCUGUGAUCUCACUGUGGCGCCGAGUCGGCAUAAUCCUCAGCCUGCCUGGGCAGUCAUCGGGGCUAUUGGGUUUUUAUAUGUUUGGGUUGGAACUCCCUCUUUUCCGCGUGCGGGUUGCAUUGAGUUCCCUACCGCUCACCUCUAGUCGAACUCACUUACCGCUAUAGAAUCCAUUAGGCAUAUCAGCAUCAGGUCCAAAAUGAUAGCACGCAUCACCGCUACUGUCCUACUGCAGCUUUUGCUGCUGCCCUUGGCAAUGGGCAAGGCCAGUCCACCACCGCCCUGGAAAGCCCCCUCCCCAGACGACCGCCGCGGCCCCUGCCCCAUGAUGAACUCUCUCGCCAACCACGGCCUCAUCCCGCACAGCGGCCUCAACGUCAGCGGCGACGAGCUCCGCGCCGGCUUCGUGGCGGGGACCAACGUCGACUCUCCGGUCCUCGACGGCUUCAUCCGCGCCGCCCUGUCCGUCUCGACCACGGGCGUGCCGGGGACCUUGAACCUGGACGACCUGGCCAGCCCCGUGACGGAGCACGACGGCAGCCUCAGCCGCCCCGACCGCCACGGCGGCGGCGACGUCCUGACCUUCAACGCCUCCGUCUGGGCCGAGACGAUCGCCAGCCACUUUGUCGACCCCGUCGUCACGCUAGAGCAGGCCGCGGCCGCGCGCGCCCACCGCCUGUGCGCUGCUGCUGCUGCGAACCCCGAGUUUCACCUGAGUGACCUCCAGAUGGAGCUGUCCUUUACCGAGACCACGAUUUACAUGCUGUUCAUGGGCCGUGGGACUCGGGGCACGGCGAGGAGGGAUUUUGUCAAGGUACUGUUUGAGCAAGAGCGCCUCCCAUAUCUUGAAGGGUGGACCCGGCCUGACGAAGCCGUCACCUGGGAACAGAUCCAGGGGCUCAUGGCAAGACUCAAAGCGGCAACCCCGGAGCCUUGCUCACCCGAGGGGCUCUCGAAGCACCGUAAACAGGAACUCCGCUAGAUACCCGGUCAAACCCCCAUAUGAACUUUCAUUUCCUCCAUGUACAAGACGAGACAGUAUCUACACUUUGAGAACAAACAAUACAACCCGACAUCAUUCACAAUCCGACACAAUCCCCUCUCCUCAUAGCUCGCGAAACACAGACAAGCUCGAGAGCGCCUUCCCCGGCCAGGCGAACAUGGUGUUGGAGGAGCACGACGAGCCCAGGCCAGCGUUGUUGACCCAGGCCGGCUCCCAGUAGAAGAUGCCGUUGCCGUUGCGGACGCCCGCCACCGUCUGGGCCACGCGCCGGAGGAACUGGA